UGCCUUCGGGGUUUAUGAAGUGCCAAUCUCAAAUCUAUGAUGUAGUCUUUUCUUGGCUCGAUUACAUUGCACUCUUGUCGGUAACUUUGUUUUAAAAUGGCGGCGGAUACACUAAGACAGAUAAUUUCCUACUAUGUGCUGCGUUGAGGUCUGAGGUGAGGGUGGGUUGCAGCAGCGCAUCUUCAUGUACCGCUACUGGACACCUGCCGCGUAAGCGGCCCACCUGUAGCACCGACAUGGCACACACAACCGAAGGGACCAAAGACCGGGCAGCAGGAAGCGAAAGUGGGGUUUCUGGACAAGCCAUUAUGAAGAAUGGCAUGGUCAAAGACCAAGCCUCCACAGCUAUGCCACCAGGCCCUGACCUCCAACCCCACAAUUGCGAGCAUAAUCUACCCCCCCGACUGCCCCAAUACACCUUGCCCAGCUCCAAGCCCUUAUCCUCCAGCCCCAGAUCCUGCAACAGCAGCCACCAGCCCAGCUACCUUCACCAGGACCAGGACCGCCACAGCCUGGCCUCCCAGGACUCUGGCAUCCCCACCUUGGAGAUCAAUCACCCGGAGCACAUUCACGCCCUUCCGCGCCCAGGAGACGGAAGCCUCACCCUGGUCUCCAGUCUCGACCAGAGCCCUGCCACCCUACCUCUGGACCCGUCUGGCGACAACAGCCUCAGGAAGUCCUCGACAUUCCCUCGCAGCAGCUACGAUUCGGUCCGCCUCUUCAGCCCCUCCCCCAGGACUGGGAUGACCCUGAGGACGGGGGGCGCCGGGGGCGUUUUGGGGACUCUGAACCGCAGCGACGACAUCUCCACGUGCAGCGUGUCGAGCCUGAGCACCGAGCUGUCCGCCACGCUCUCCGUCUCCAACGAAGACAUCCUGGACUUCAUGGUGACCUCCGACUCCAGCGCCAUCGUCACGCUGGAGACGGACGAGGGCGCCGGGGCCCACUUCUCCGACGUGACGCUGACGUCGUCGCCGGGCGACUUCGGGGACCUGUGGAGCCCGAGGCGCAGGCCGCCGGGGUCAGGGGUCGAAGAGGACAGACGGCCCAAACGGCUGGGGCCGCUGGCAAGCUUCUUCAACAGGAGUCUGUUUGCCAAGAAGGUGAAGGACACUCGGCCAGUAGACCAGAGGGACCCAGGCUGGAAGCUUUUUGGGAAAGUCCCUCCUCGGGAAGCUUCCUCCAAGGACCCUGGAAAAAUCCAGAAGGAAUAUGAAACUAAGAGUGGCAGAGCUGGACCUGGCAGCCCCUCGUCUCCCAAGCAGCAGAGCGUGAGGAAGAACCUGGACUUCGAGCCCCUCUCCACCACCGCACUCAUCCUGGAGGACCGCCCCGCUAAUCUCCCAGCAAAGCCAGCAGAGGAGGCCCUGAAGCACAGACAGCAAUAUGAGGAGAUGGUGGCGCAGGCCAAGAAGAGAGAGCUCAAGGAGGCCCAGAAGAGGAGGAAGCAGCUGGAGGAGCGCUGCAGGCUGGAGGAGAACAUCGGCAACGCUGCCCAGACCUGGAACCAGGAGAUCCUGCCCAACUGGAGUACCAUGUGUACCUCCAGGAGGGUGCGAGAGCUCUGGUGGCAGGGUGUCCCUCCCAGCGUCCGAGGGAAGGUCUGGAGCCUGGCGGUGGGCAACGAGCUCAACAUCACCCACGAGCUGUACAACAUCUGCCUGGCCCGGGCCAAGGAGAAGUGGAAGGCCAUGCCCUCGGUCGCCCCGGAGACGGAGAGCGAAGAUGCAGGCCUGUCCCUAGCAGACAGAGAGGCCAGUCUGGAGCUCAUCAAGCUGGAUAUCUCCAGAACAUUCCCCCACCUCUGCAUCUUCCAGCAGGGCGGUCCAUACCACGACGUGUUGCACAGUAUCCUGGGAGCAUACACCUGCUACAGGCCAGAUGUGGGCUAUGUGCAGGGCAUGUCCUUCAUCGCGGCCGUGUUGAUCCUCAACAUGGACACGGCCGACGCCUUCAUCGCUUUCGCCAAUCUGCUCAACAAGCCCUGUCAGAUGGCCUUCUUCAGAGUGGACCACAGCCUUAUGUUGACUUACUUUGCAGCAUUUGAAGUUUUCUUUGAGGAAAACCUACCAAAGCUUUUUGCACAUUUCAAGAAGAAUAACUUGACUCCCGACAUUUACUUAAUAGACUGGAUUUUCACCCUGUACAGCAAGUCUUUCCCCCUGGACCUGGCGUGCCGGGUGUGGGACGUGUUCUGCCGCGACGGGGACGAGUUCCUGUUCCGCACGGCGCUGGGCGUCCUGCGGCUCUACGAGGACGUGCUGACGGGCAUGGACUUCAUCCACGUGGCCCAGUUCCUCACCCGCCUGCCCGACACCAUCCCCCCCCACCAGCUCUUCGCUCACAUCGCCGCUGUCCACAUGGUCAGCAAGAACAGGAAAUGGGCUCAGGUUCUCCAGGUCUUACAGAAGGAGCAGGAGCGGAACAGUCCGGUUCUGAAGCGCUGAGUUCGCGGUUCGUUGACGAGAAUCACACCCCUGAGACUGUGAGGCUCCAAAACAACUCCCCCCCCCCCCCCCCCCCCCUCUGCCCACCAAACACAGGGCUCUGGCUGGCUCACUGUGGGGGUGACUCCACCCCCCCCCCCCACCCCCCACACACACACAGCUCCUCCCUCGGGCCAAGCAGGCCAUCUGUUCCUGGGUCUGGACCUGAGUCUUGAUGACUGGACAGCUAGGACCCAGGGGCACCAGGGACGCUGCCCCCCCACCUCCCAAUCCACGGAGCGGGGUCACAGACUGAGCAGGUACCCUGGAGGGUGGAGUCAAAGAGCCUGGCAAGGGGUGAAUGGACUACAGGGGCUUAUAUCCAACAUUUACCCACCACUUAAAUGCUGUACCCGGCUACUCGGAAAAAAAAACAACUACCCCUCUGGUUUGGGGAGCAUGUUGAGGGCUGGACAACGUACUGUGGCCUGUACCCUAACCUCCCGUGUCAGAGCCCCCUUAACGGGAAGUUCCCGUGUCUCUCUGUAAUCGCUUUUUUAUCUCUGUCUCGCUCACUGACUUUCUCCUUCUCAGUGGCUUUCUCCCUGUUUAUGUCACUGUUUUCAUGCCUUGAGGGUUGUUUUAAUUGUGUCUGUCUCAUUCCAUGAAGUAAGGAAGGACCCACGGCUUGGGCUUUGGGAGCACAGUAGACUGACUUGAAAGGAGGCCGACUGGUUUGGAAGUGUCGCUCCUCCAGAUGAAGAUGCAAACACACUUUCAGGAGACAAGGUAACCUGAAGACUGUCUCUGUGUGUGUGUGUGUGUGUGUGUGUGUGUGUGUGUGUGUGUGUGUGUGUGUGUGUGUGUGUGUGUGUGUGUGUGUGUGUGUGUGUGUGUGUGUGUGUGUGUGUGUGGAAACCUAUCGACACACACACACACAGUAGUACAUGUAUGUCUUAAAAAGCGCUGGAAUGUUACUUUUAAAGAAAGGUCUAACCCUCUUCAAAGAGGGGGCAUAAGCUGCCUGUAAUAUAGGGUUGACGAUAUACAGUAUAUGUCUGAUGUAUUUUAACUGGAACUGUGUAGGUUACUGUGUUUUAUGUUCGGUUUGUGACCCGACUGUCCUCACUCCUGUUUUUAGUACCUUUUUUUGGGGCAAAUUUGUCUCGUUUCCCACGUUUGUUUUUAAUUUAAGCAUUUUCCUAAAAUGGCCGCUACGUUUUUUGUGUUUAUCUGUAGAACACUGUAUCUCUGAAAGUCUUAUUUUUUCCUCUUUUAACCAAAUGUGUUUGGCUACUGAUGUCAAUGUGCAAUAGGAGACUCCGAAGAGGAAAGAACUGAUUGUAGAAUAUAUUGUAUUAUGUCCUCACACAAACACCUGUUCAGAGUGAAUAUGAAUCUGCUUCGGUACUGUAUUGUAUCCUUUAAGGCAUUUGCGAACUAUCUGAAUCUGAGCCUUUUACCUCAUCCAUGACUUCCUCUGUUUGAAAUGAGAGCACGCUUCCUUGUUUUUGACGUGAGAGCCGAGAAGAGGUUCAAACCUGGUGUGUUCCGUGGUGUGUUCAAAAUCGAGCUCUCAUGUCAACUUAACAACUCUCGGCAGCGGAAUCAGAAUGUGUGGAGAAGUUGACCCUGACUUUAGUACAAGUAUCCCUCAAUCCCAGAAAACAAUGUUAGUCAUGUUCUUAAAUGUUUGGCUGCUUUACACUGCCAUGUGCAGAGUGUGUGUUGACCAGUGACAUCAAAGACAAUCCGCUAACUAAAACUAUAGCAUUUUGCCCAAAUGCCCCUGCUACCCCUAUUCACACACCUUUAUGAAAAUCACCAUGGCAAUUCUUCUUCUCAUUAUUAUUUGUUGUCUUGCUACUCUCAAGUGUGCCCAAUUCAGGAUUUAAGUUUUAAUGUGUGUGCCUGUGUUUUGUGUAUAUGUAUUAAAGUGAUAUUUUGGAGGAUAGAAAAAAGA